AUGUCGUUCCACAAACAGAUGUUCGUCACUGUCAGCGCAAAACAUCAUUCGAGUAUCUGUGACAAAUCUGCCAAGCAAUCAAACUCAAAGCUCAAUCCCAAUCCCGCAAGUUUCACCAUACCAGCUACUUCCGGUGUUUCAUAUCAACCCGAGGCUGCAAUUCUACACUCUACCACUCAGCUAAGACAUGACGUUCUUCUGAAGACAGUCGUUGCACAGAUAUGUUCUAACAUCGUUUCAUUGGAAACAAAUAUUCUUUUUGAUGAGGGAGCUCAGCGUUCUUUUAUCACUGAAGAAUUAGCGGAGAAACUAGAAAUUGAGCAGACCGGAAGUGAAGUCGUUCAUUUAGCAUCGUUUGGUGAUACUAGCCAAAGAGUACGACACAUGAGAAAAUGUUCUAUACAUCUUAUUACAGACGACAAUGAGAAAAUAUGCAUUGAUGGAUUGUGCAUUGUUCCAAAGAUAGCCGUACCGCUGCGAAAUAUUAAUCAGAAUACUAUCCAGCCCCUCCCAUACUUGCAUGGUUUAAAGCUAGCUCAUCCAGUUACAAAUGACAGAGAUUUUGAGAUAUCAUUACUGAUUGGAGCAGAUUCAUAUUGGAAAAUUGUUCAAGAUAAGGUUGUCCGAGGGAAUGGUCCAACAGCGGUGCAGUCGAGACUUGGAUAUCUUUUAUCCGGUCCACUACCGGUUUCCAACUUUCCAGCGUCAAGACAACACCAACUUCCAGUUUCUACACUUACAGCGUCCACAUUCCAACAGCAUCAAGUUACCACACAAGAAAUGUCCACCCAUUUAUUGAACAUUCUAACGUCAUCCCCAGAUUCCUUUGAUAUUGAGAGAUUUUGGAAGCUCGAGACCCUGGGUAUAUCUCAAGAAGAAGAAAAUCCUGAAUCUACAUACCUAGAAAAUUACCAGCAUGAUUCAAUCACCUACAAUAACGGGCGUUACACAGCCAAACUGCAUUGGAAAGAAGAUCACGCGCUAUAUUACCAUACGAAUUAUGACACUUCCGGUCAUGAAACCAACACUUCCCGGUUCAGACCCUAG